AUGAAAAUAAAAGAACAAAAAAAGGCAGCACAUACAGCUUCUUGUUGCAAACCACACGGUAAAGAAUGGCCGCUGCGUCGCCGUCACGGCCGGAAAUCAUAUCUCUAUUCCGGUCACUCCUUCGAACAUCCCGUCAAUUCUCGGAUUACAACAUCAGAGAGUACAGCAAGCGUCGCACAAUCGACGGAUUUCGUUUGAAUAAACAACUGACUGACCCUUCUGCCGUCGCCGCCGCCUUCGCCGACGGCAAAUCGCAGCUGGAGCUUGCGAAGAGACAGGUUCUUGUUUACUCGCUCUACGCACCCAAGGUUAAAAGCAUCAUGGAACUCAAUCACUAGAAUACUCACUCAACUGAUUAUUAAGCUUUUUUUUUUUAAUUUUGUAUUUGUAAUGCAUCGUUAUUGAUUCGAAUAAAAGAAAUUGACCAAUUUGGCAGUUGGGUAUUUAUAAUAUGUGAUGAAGUUGUGAACUUUGAUAA